AUGCCUCUUUUCAAGAAGAAAAACCAAAACCUGAUUCCUGCUGUAACACCACCAGCUUCUACCCCGAAUACUUCGUCCCCUCGACCUGCAUAUCAUCACACAUAUGUUCCCAGCCGAGACGGCGACCCUUAUAAUUCGCCAAUAAGCAGAUCAGCAUCAGCGUACUCUGCAAGCGAAGAGAGCGCUUCUUUGGCUGAUAAGUACAGCAGGAAUAGAGGAAUCGGAGACGUGUAUGCCCGCGGCGGAGCUGAGCUCGAAAGUGAUCGCAAUGAGCUCUUCUCUGGUUACAACCCGCAGAAGUCCGGUUCUGGUCGAUUCUUCGAUGGCCCUGACAUCGGAAGGGAUCCUACACCUGGCGAAGAGAAGGAUGAAGACAUUGAAGGCAUAAAGCAACAAACUCGUUUUGUCAAACAAGAGAGUGUCAACUCCACUAGAAAUGCACUACGCAUGGCCCGUGAGGCCGAAGAGACUGCCCGUCAUACUUUAACGAGAUUGGGUGAUCAGUCGGAGAAACUUGCGAACACUGAGCGUCAUCUCGACGUUGCUAAGGGCCACUCCCAACGUGCGGAUGACAAAACAGACGAACUUAAGCAACUGAAUCGUUCCAUUUUCCGGCCUGUCAUUACCUUCAACAAAGACGCGAAACGAGCAGCACAGGAUGCUAAAGUUCAAGCACGAUUUGAAGAAGAGCGUACGGAGAGAGAGAAAGCCAUGAUGGACAUUCGGGAGUCUCAUAACCGUCUUGGGAUGGCGACCACCUAUGGUCGUGGAGACGAUGAAGAGUUACUCGGAGGUCGCGGAGCCAAGAAUGCGUCGCAGCUAGCCAUGCAGAAGGAACAACGGAAACGAUAUCAAUUUGAGUCCAACGCCUCUGACGAUGAACUUGAGGAUGAGCUAGAUGACAACUUGGACGAAAUAUCUUCUAUGACUAAACGACUCAAAGCACUGGGAACGGCGAUGGGUCAAGAGCUUGAAAAUCAGAAUGCUAGGAUUGAAAGGAUAGAUGGUAAGACCGUCGGCCUCGACGGGAGGAUUCACAGAAACACAGAACGGCUCAAGAAAGUUUAGCUGGAGACAGUACAAGUCUUCACAGAGUCUUAAGAGUAGAACUCAGGUUACGGAUAGUAUACCCUUAUUUAUGUAAAAACACGGUCAUGUGAUGUGCCUACACGUUC